AUGACAGAGACCUUUCCGAGUGCCCUGGUUGGGCCAUCUUCGAAAGAGAGAAAGUAUGAUCGCCAGUUGCGCUUGUGGGCAGCCAGCGGUCAGAAAGCUCUAGAGGAGUCUCAGGUGCUUCUGGUAAAUUCCGAUGGGCCAUGGAGCAAGCAGAAUACGGGAGUAUCCGGUGUAGUUGGCGUGGAAACGCUCAAGAACCUUGUACUCCCUGGAAUCGGAGGCUUUACCAUCGUGGAUCCCGCACUUGUCACCGAGCCUGAUCUCGGAGUGAACUUCUUCUUAGAAGAGAAGAGCCUGGGCAAGUCCAGAGCUGAGGAGACCUGUCGACUGCUGAGAGAACUAAACCCAGACGUAGACGGGAGCUUCUAUACCAAGCCUAUCGCAGAGCUUCUGCGGGACCCAGAGUUCCUCACACAGUAUAAGCUAGUGUUGAUAUCUGGCCCGGUGAAACGGUCGUCUUUGGAGGUCCUCCGCAAGGCUGCCAAAGAUCUCGAUAUUCCAGUACUAUACACACGCUCGGUGGGAUUCUAUUCCAUCUUUUCUCUCCAGCUCCCAGCUGCAUUUCCCAUAGUAGAGACACAUCCGGAUCCUGAGAGCACGCAGGACCUUCGUCUCCUUAACCCUUGGCCUGAGUUGGCAGCAGCUGGUGCUGGCAUAAGCAAUUUGGAUAGUUUGGACGACCACCAACAUGGUCACGUUCCGUAUGUUUUGCUCCUGCUCCAUCACCUAGAGCUAUGGAAGAAAGCGCACGAUGGCCAGGUUCCGUCAAACUACAAGGAGAAGUCGGAGUUCAGAGAAAUGGUUCGAUCCAGUGCAAGGACGAGCAACCCGGAGGGUGGCGAAGAGAACUAUGACGAGGCUGUUGCGGCAGUCUUGAAGUCAUUGAAUCCAUUUACCUUACGCAGUUCCAUCCGUGAGAUCUUCGAAAUGGAAGAGUGCAGACGCCCGAGCCCAGAUUCUGCUGAUUUUUGGGUCAUUGCAGCGGCUGUCCGCGAAUUCCACCAGAGACACAGUGUACUACCUCUGCCGGGCUCCUUGCCGGACAUGAAGGCUCAGUCAUCCGAUUACGUUUCUCUUCAGAAUAUCUACAAAUCGAAGGCUAGGAAAGAUAUAGAAGAAGUCACUGAGAUUGUCCGAAGCGUUGAGGUACAGCUUGGAUCACGCCCAAUACAAGUUUCGGACAAGGAUAUUGAGGUCUUCUGCAAGAAUGCGGCUCACAUCAAGGUUGUGCAUGGCCGAGACAUUCCCCUAGUGAAUGGGGAAGCAUAUACUCUGGAGGCCAUCCGGAACAACCUGAGUGUUCCUGACUCCCUCAUUCCGAUAUUCAUCGCCUUCCAAAUCCUGGAUAACAUUGUAACCGACAUCCAAGAUGGAGAGAGAUCAGAAGAGGCCUUAGAUGAUGAGAUAGCGUGGGAAUCUGCAAUCAAGCACGUCCUCGGUAUGCUCAAAUCAGAAGGUCCAUCGGCCAUUGAGGAGGAGGAUGCAAGGGAACGAAUCCUUCAAGCUGCCCGAGAGCUCCGAAGGACGCAAGGCGGAGAGCUGCACAACAUCUCUUCACUCACCGGAGGACUAGUCGCACAGGAGGCGCUCAAAGUAAUUACUAGGCAGUACGUGCCGUUGGACAACACUUGCAUCUUUGACGGGGCACACAGCCGCAGCGAAAUGUACAAGCUGUGA